AUUGGAAACACUAACUUUCAGACAAAAUACUAAUCCAGGGCCCUCACCAGGGAAAGCUGUUUAUAUAUAUAUAUAUAUAUAUAUAUAUGUGUGUGUGUAUAUAUUAAUAUAAAAUCUAAGUACGGAUUAUCAAAUGUCAAGAUGCAGUUUCCCUGCUGAAUUCUGUUUUGAUUAGGAGAACAUGGAGUGAUAUUGGGAUUGAGUCUGUUCCGCCAAGUCCAGUCCUGGUGCUGGAUCUCUGUUCGUGGUAUUCAGUUACAAUUCGGUCGUUAUUAUCGCUGCGCAGGAUGCUCACUUUGAAUCAGAAAGUAACUUGUGAUUCUGGUGACCACCCAAAUAAAGUCUAGGGUUUGUGAAAACUGCGAGAAGCCGGACAAACUCUGUCCUCCUGGUGGUGAUUUCGUUCUAAAGUUUUUAACUCCUGUUGAGUGUUCCCCUGCGCUAAAGUUUUGCAGAAUUAGUAUUGGGAAUUUCUACAGCAGCGAUGUGAAAUUGACUCCGUUUUGUUUAUGGCUUUGAGAAAAGGAUAUCCUCCAAGGUCUUGUGACACGUUUGUGGCUUUACCUCCAGCAACUGUUGACAAUCAGAUUAUUUUUGGAAAAAAUUCAGACAGGCCUUCGGAUGAAGUCCAGGAAGUUGUAUUCUUUCCUAGGGCAAACUAUCAACCAGGAGAUCAGGUUGAGUGCACAUACAUAAAGAUUGAACAAGUUGGAAAGACACAUGCUGUUGUUCUUAGCCGUCCAUCUUGGUUAUGGGGCGCUGAAAUGGGAGCAAAUGAAUACGGAGUAUGCAUUGGCAAUGAAGCAGUCUGGGGAAAAGAAAAACCCAAUGACAAAGAGGCCCUUCUGGGCAUGGAUUUAGUCAGACUUGGUCUUGAACGAUCGCAAUCAGCUGAGGAAGCAGUUGAUGUUCUUGCUGGUCUGCUAGAGAAAUAUGGUCAGGGUGGAAAUUGUAUGGAAGAUGAAGUUAUAUUUACAUAUCACAACAGUUUCCUGAUUGCUGACAAGAAGGAAGCCUGGGUUUUAGAGACUGUUGGUAAACAUUGGGCUGCAGAAAAAGUUGAAGAAGGAGUGCGAAAUAUUUCCAACCAGAUUUCCAUAACAACAAAGAUUAAUAAAGAGCAUCCAGAACUGAGGAGUUAUGCAAAAGAGAAAGGCUGGUGGGAUGGUAAAGCAGAGUUCAAUUUCACUGCUGUGUAUUCCCAUCAAGACGGUACUCAAAUGAAUGAAACUAAUAAUCGAUAUGGUACUGGCCUCCAGCUUCUUAAUAAGCAUAAAGGAAAUAUCACAAUUGAAACCAUGAUGGAUAUUUUGCGGGACAAAGAGAGUGGUAUCAAUAUGGAGGGUGGCUUUAUGACAACAGGGAGCAUGGCCUCCAUUCUGCCAAUGGACAGCAACCUGCACUGCAUUCAUUUCUUUACAGGGACACCUUAUCCUGAGAGAUCCGUUUUCAAGCCUUUUAUCUUUGUACAAAACAUGAGGCAAUUUCUAAAAACUAGUUCUCCUUCAUUUGGUCCUGAUGACCCAGUAAAGAAGCAGCCACGGUUCCAGACGAAACCUGACCGAAAACAUGCACUUUACAAAAAGCAUGAAGUUGCAGCAGCAUUAAUGGAAAUGAGUCAGGCAAAAGGUGCUAAAAUGCUACAAGACAUAAAAGCACUGGAGAAGAAACAAAUUGAAACAGCAAAGCAUGUACUAGAGAAUGGAAUACCAGAUACCACCAAAGUUGUUCACAUCUUUUCUGAUUGUGUAGAUAAAGAAAUAGCAAUUUACAGUGAAAAUUAGACAGUAGUUCUGCAUAUUUUAGUGUCUGUGGUUUUAAUAUGCUCUAGCAUCUUGAAACAAGUAAAUCAUAAACGUAUAAUAUGUGAGGUUUCAAAUUGCAGAAUAGCAGGAACUCAAUGCAUAAAAUAAAAUCUUGUAGAAGUAAAAUAUUUAUAUUAAAGCCAUGCUUUUGGAUAAAAUCCUACUUGCAAAGCUUGAAAAAGAUAAGUAUAAUAUUAACCUGAAAUUGUUUGAAGUGUUGUAUCAUAUGCCACUGAUCUGCACCAAAACAUGCUGUUUUCUGUAAAGUGAUUUUCCAGACGUGGAUCAUGUGUCUGUCUAAAUGUUUCAUAAACUUUGCUAUCAGAUGUUUAAAGAUUUAUCUCCAAGAUCUUGUUGCAGAUUUGUGGAUGUGGA